CACAAUUAAAAGAAGAAGGCCUUUCAGUGAAUCAGAGGAGAGGAGUGAGAUGCUCUGCGGCGCCGGGUUGCUAUAGUGCUUCACCUUCAUCGCUCUCAUCUCCGUCAACCUUUCCCAGCUCUGCCUCUCUGUGACUCUGCAGAGCUGCUGCUGCUGUGAUGGAUUAACCGUUUCUUACACCUGCCUGACGAUAAGCUUCGGACACUUUGUCUGAGGAGCAAACACGAGCGGAGAAACCUUGAGUGCUGCUGCAGCUCCUCUGACUUCCUGUCUCACACACACACAUAUCGAGUCAGCGCUGCCUGGUCUGCAACAUACAUGUCUGCAGGAGAGGACUCAUCCUGACUGAAGGUUGUUGAAACCUGCUCUACUGCAUCUCCACAACCCGCCAGCCAGGACCCAGAGCGAUGGAGGGAGAAGGCAGUAAUCCCGGGGUAGCUAUGGACUCAGGUAACCCUUUGCUAAGAGCAGUCUUCCUCCGUCGCCUGCGACUCACGCGGCUGCUCCUGGAGGGAGGCGCCUACAUCAACGAGAGCGACGGCCAAGGCCAGACGCCCCUGAUGGUGGCCUGCAGGACCCAGCACACCGACGCCCAGAGCGCCAGCCGGGACAAGCUUGUCCAGUUUCUUCUGGAGAAAGGAGCGGACCCCGACAUCCAGGACAAGGAGGGACGCUCGGCGCUGAUGCACGCCUGCCGGGAGCAUGCCGGCCCCGAGGUGGCAUCUCUGCUCCUGGCUAGCGGGGCGGACAUCGGCCUGGAGGAUCAGUCCGGGACGUCCGCGCUGGUCUACGCCGUCAUGGCCGGAGACUGGAAGGUUCUAAAGCUGUUGCUCGACACGUGCAAGGCCAAGGGGAAGGAGGUAAUCAUCAUAGCCACCGACAAAUUCCCAUGUGGGAAACUGCAAGCCAAGCAGUACCUCAGUAUGCCUCCCCUUGGUCCUCUUGAUCGGACGGACAUAACGGCAUCAGCAGCUCCCGCAUCUCCCUCUGAGAUCCAGCUCAUCACCUCCCCCCAGUGCACCUCCUCUUCGUUAUGUCCACAAAAGACUGUCUUCUCCUUUAAAGAUGCCCAGUCCAGUGGCAUAAGCUCCCAUCCCUGUUCCCCAUCCCGGUUUCAAAGGCUCGGACAAGCGGUGCCCAACGGCCUGCAGCAGCCCCUCCUGAGGUUGAACUCUGAGCCCUGGCUAAAGAUCCCAGCGUCUCUGCUCAGCCAGCAGCUUCACGCAGCCUCGUCUUCAGAAAACAGCAAAGACCUCAACCAAACUGAGGAUCUUGCUCUCAGAAUCCCCAAACUGGACGGCACAAAUUCAACAAGCAACAGCUUCAAGUGGUACGAAGGAAGAUCAGCGAGGGACAAAGGAGCAGAAGUAAAGAAUGAAUGUGCCAAACACGUGGGACAAAAGAUCUCCUUACCAGGUCUCCUGUCGUCCCACUCUGCCUCCCACCCGAACCUCCACUCCGCAAACCUCGGAGCAGAUUCGCUCGCCGCCUCUUCCUCCUUCUCUGGUGGCAAAAACCACGGCACUCCGCUCCACAGCAUGACCUCGUCGAGCCUUCACAGCAUAAUCCAGAGACGCAAACUCGGGGACAUCUACAGCUCCGACCCGCAGCUCGCUAGAGACGUCCACAAUCUGCCCGAGGAGUCCCAGCAGAGAGCGAGAGACCUAACGGAGGGCAAGAGGCUGGCCCCUUUACGCUGCUCCAGCACACUGGGCUCCAGGGAGUCACUGACGACGUCGGGCCCGAGCAGGAGGGUGCUGUCUGGGCACGAGCACAGAGGAUCUGGAGCCUUCCUGUUGGACCACAACUCCCAGGCCAAGCCUAGAUGUCUGCCACCUCUGGCCCUCAACUCCACCAACAACCCCAUCCUCAAUGUGUACAACCUCAGCUCUGGUGCUGGAGGUGGUUUCUGUGAGAAAGAAUCCGGGAUGAGGAGUUUCCUCCCCUCCGCUCCUCCUGGCCACCCCAAAGAGAUGACCAGGAGGAUGCUGCUGAGGAGACACUCGAUGCAGACCGAACAGUUCAAAACCACGGCUUGAAAAUUCAAACCGAGUUGAGUGCGUUUUAUCCGUGAAAUGUUGCGUCAUGUGUGAAGUAGUGUCAGUGUGGGGAAAUUCUAAAAAGAGGGAAACCAAAGAGGAUAGAUGAGAAAAACAAAGCAUCCUGAUCAAUGUAGGGACCUUCCUCUGCUUCAGCGUGCCGUGGGUCGUUGUUAUGUGGCAUCAGUGUGCAGUUUUGUAACACUUAAACUUGCAUUAUGAUUUUUUGGCCACAGGAUGGGGG